AGGGUUCACCUAGGAGACCUUAGGUCGCCGGAGCAUCUGGGAAGCUGCUCACUUGCGCAGCAACUCUGAAUCCCUGGGCCCUGGGGUCGGGGCUGCUGCCCCUUCCAAGAGAAAGUCGCAGGCAUUAUCUUACUGCAGGUCCUUCAGAGCAAUUUCUGAGGUCACCACGCUGCAGCUGCACGCCUGCCCCGGCCGUGGGGACGCAGGGUGGCGCCCUGGGCGGCGGAGGGGUGCAGGGAACGGGGACGCUGACUCCGUGGUGAGGGGCGGGGCAGGAGGGGUGGAGUCUCGGGGUCCCCGCGGAGGCUGAGACCCGGGUGGACUCCAGUGCACUGCAGCAGCAGCGAUGCCCGGCGGAGCCUGGCCCUGGGCCCUGGCGCUGAUGCUCCUGGCCCCGGGCAGAGCUCAGCCAGCCCAGGAGUGCUCUCCCGGGGGCCACCAGAUUCUUCAAAAUCCUUACCGAAGUGUCCAUUUCGACUCCCGGCAACUCCAGCAGGCCGAUGCUCAAGACCUCAUCUGUGACCACUCUCUUCCCCGCGGGUGGUAUCGAUUCCUCAUCUUUGAUCAACCUGCGGAGAUGCCAACCAAAUGUGUUGAGAUGAACCACUGUGGAACUCAGGCCCCCAUCUGGCUGUCUCUAAGAGCUUCAGAAACUCUGCCUCCUGCUGGGGAGACCAAGCAUCUGACAGCUUGUGCCACCUGGCAGUUUUUGUUUAGCCCUAAGAAAGACUGCUGUCUCUUUCAAAUCCCAGUGCCUGUGAGAAACUGUGGGAGUUUUUUCGUGUACUUUCUACAACCCACUCAGGGAUGUAUGGGCUACUGUGCAGAAGCUAUUUCUGACACAAAAUUACACACAUGUGGUCCUGAAGAAAUAGAAAUAGGAGGUGACUGCAUUGGACAACUGCUGCCCUCAUGGCCGCCUCCACCUCCGGGAAGGCCAGAGAUUGUGGUGGAGGUGAUCGAGUCCAGGCUUUUCUGUAGGUGUGCCUUUGAUGUUUCCCCGUCCAAUGCCUCGGUGGGAUUUCUCAUAACUUGGUCUAGGCUUUCUUCUCAAGAAAUCAAAGAAGAGCUGAAACAAGAGACCACAGUUCAGUCAUUCUCUCUUUUAGAACUUGAUGGCAUAAAUCUCAGACUUGGCGAUAAGAUAUUCUGUAGUGCUUCCGUCUUUUUCUUGGAGAAACCACAUGUACAAAGUUUAGCCAGCGAAAGCAGAGAAUUUUUUGCAGGCAUUAAGUUACAACCUGAACUGAGCACUAUAUCAGAGGAUGGGAAGGAGCACCAGCUGAGGAUAGAGAGCACGGUUCCUAUUGUUUGUUCUGAGUUCAGUGAAUUUGAGCAAGCAUGCAAAGUCUCCUUAAAACUGAAAACUGUUGAUCAAGAUGCAGAGCACCUAGGCUUAAAUCUAGCACUGUCUUCCUGUCAUGUGGAUCUUCACCAGACAUCACCCUGUGACGGUGGGACCUGUAGCUAUGCGGUUGUGAACUACACUGCUGUACCAGAUUUUUCCCCAGAUGGCGACAGAGUCACAAACAUCAUAGUGCAACCUAUAGUUAAUGAGGACUUCCUCUGGAACAACUACAUUCCAGACAGCAUCCAGAUCAGAGUUAAGGAUAUCCCAACUGCUUACUGCUAUUCAUUUACUGACCCACAUAUAAUAACCUUUGAUGGAAGGAUAUAUGAUAAUUUCAAGACUGGAACAUUUGUGCUUUAUAAGAGUACAUUGCGUGAUUUUGAGAUCCAUGUGCGUCAGUGGGACUGUGGAAGUCUUUACUAUCCUGUGUCGUGUAACUGCGGGUUUGUGGCCAAAGAAGAAGGUGUUCUGGUUACUUUUGAUAUGUGCAAUGGUCAGCUGCAUGCAUCACAAUCAUAUUUAUUUGUGAAGAGCCAAGAUGUAUCCAGCAAUAUCAAGAUAAGUGAAUCUUACUUGGGAAGAAAAGUCACAAUUUGGUUUUCUUCUGGAGCAUUUAUCCGCUCUGACCUUAGUGAAUGGGGCAUGAGUUUAACAAUCAGAGCUCCUAGUGUAGAUUACAAAAACACUUUGGGCCUUUGUGGUACCUUUGAUGAAAACCCAGAAAACGAUUUCCAUGACAGAAAUGGGAUAAAAAUUGAUGAAGAUUUCAAUGAUUUUGUUGCUUUUAUUAAUGAAUGGAGAAUUUUACCAGGAAAAAGCAUGUUUGACACAAUGCCAAUUUCUCUGACAUUGCCUCCAAAACCACCCUACUGUAGCUGCUCAUUGGAUACCACCUCAGAUUAUCAAUUUUCUAAUCAUCUGGAUGGUGUUUCUCGAUCAGAAACUGCUUCAGGUUGCAAAGACUUCAAACAUGUUAGAUUCUCUUCUUUGAUACCAGAACUAGAUGUCACCUCUGAAUAUAUUAAUUCUGAAGUUUUUGAGGGAGGGAUAAGAAAACAGACAUCAGGAGAAGAAAAUAAUUUAAAUUUCUUACUGCAAGAAAAAGCCCACAUGAACCUAGCUGAACUGGACUUAAAUUUGCAAUAUCCUGGGGAGGAAAAGCAAAAUGCAUCAAAAUAUUUGGACAAUGAAAAGCAAGCACAGGAUGAGGCUGGCCGUGGCCAACACACAAGGUGGCAUGGACAGAAGAGAUGGAAACGGCAAAACUUUAAUGCAUUUCCUGCUUUGUCUGCUCUCCAAAGUUCCAGCCAAAUCAAUCUUGAAGAGCUUACUUAUUUUUUCCCUGAAGACCAUAUUGAAAAAGUCCACCAAGAAUUUGUUCCCUCUUGGCCCACACCCUCUGGUCUAACCGAGGACAGCACCUUGGCGCUCUGUGAGCAGACUCUCGCCCAUUCCAGUCUUGGAAAGCUCUGUCUUGCCUUUCUCGGAAGGAGACUGAAGGAUGUUAUCGAUAUGUGCAUUAAGGAUGUUCUGUUGAAAGAUGAUGUUAGCUGGGCAGAAGCAGGUUUGGCCCUUAUAGAAAAUGAAUGUGAAAGGAGGGUUUUGGAAGAGGGGAAACAUAGCACAGAAAAAUAUGGCAAGUCAAUGGAAGACAUUCUCCUGGUAUUAAAAUGCCCCCAUUUGUGCAGUGGCCAUGGGGAGUGCAUGGAAUGGGGAUGUGUGUGCGCCCCAGGCUUUAGCUCCUAUGACUGCAGUGCCUUGUAUGACAAACCUGAAAUUAUAGAGCUUGAGAAUGCUGGAUUCUGUGAUGUUCAAAAAUACAAUUGUGUGAUGGUGAAAGUUUUUGGACAAGGCUUCAAGGAAUUGCCUUCCAUUAUAUGUGAAGUUACUAAACUGAAGUACAAUGGCAGUAAAUGGGUGCUUGGAGAACCCGUGUACGCACAAGCAGUUUUUCAUAAUAACAGAACUGUUGAUUGUCUGCUGCCUGCUAGUGCCCAGCAAUCUGAUACUCUGGAUCCGAUGGGUGAGAAGCCACUUGCAAAGUGGCAAUUGAAGAUAUCUAAUGAUGGUUAUACAUUCAGUAAUACCAAAAUAAUGGUUGUAUAUGAUGGUGCUUGUCAAGUUUGCGGUCUCUAUGAAAAUGAUACAUGUACUAUAAAAGAAAAUGGUUGCAUUAUCAAUGGACUUUGCUACACUGAAGGGGAUAAAAACCUUACCAGUCCUUGUUUGAUUUGUAGACCCGAAAUCUCUCAAUUUACUUGGUCAUAUUUAGAAAAUAACCAAUCCCCUGUAAUGCAAGCAUCACAAGAAAAAUUACAGGCAUUUUAUGGAGAAAACUUUGAGUACCAGUUCAUGGCCUUGGACCCAGAAAACUCUGAAGUUCAGUUUACAUUGGAAUUGGGUCCAGAAGGAGCACAUAUCUCUCCUGCAGGACUACUUACGUGGAAAGCAGAGUCCCAGGCUGCACAACGAUUCACUCUCCACCUCAGUGAUGACUGUGAUGCUGAAACUCGAGUCACUGUUGAGGUAACUGUGAAGUCUUGUGAUUGCCUGAAUGGUGGAUCAUGCGUGCCUGACAGAAAAUUCCCUGUGGGGAGUGGAGCUUACCUGUGUAUCUGCUUGCCUGGAUUCCACGGAGGUCUUUGUGAAGUAGCUGUUGAUGCAUGCCAACCAAACCCUUGUGGCCUUGGCAGAUGUACGAGAGUUUUGGGCAGCUAUUCCUGUGACUGUCCACCUGAGCUCAAAGGUACAAACUGCCAAGAAGAUGUUGAUGAGUGUGAGUCUGAGCCCUGCUUCCCAGGAGUAGGUUGCCUCAAUACCUUUGGGUCCUAUCUCUGUGGUCCUUGCCCUGAAGGACUGUAUGGUGAUGGGAAAAUAUGUCAAGUUGAAACACAAAUUUUAAAUGAAUUUACUACCCAAGCUGUGGUUAUCAGAGGAUCCGACAAAAAUGUAAUUAAGGAAGAGGGUACCAAACAAGGAGAGAAUCAUGUUAAGCCAACAAACAGAAAUGUGUCUAGUUUGAAUUCUCAGUCACCAUCAACAGAACAUUCACUGAUUAGUGGAAACUUUGCUCAUGGUCCUGUCAGUAACAAAAAGUUUUUGAACACAAUGAACGUCUCAUAUUUGCCACUAAAAUCAGUUACCACUCAAAUGGUUAAUUCAAAGAUGGUUGUUUCUCAUCAAAUAACAGAUUAUGAAUAUGUGGAUCGUGUUCUCAGAGCAAAUACCAGUCUAAACAAUUCAGAAAUUCCUGUUACCAGCAGUAAUUCAUUAAGCAUGACUCCACAUGGUUACAGUGGUGAACUAAAAGAUGUUACUCAUAACACCAUCUAUACAAAGACAAGAGACUACAAUUCUCAAAUUAACAGUUUUUCCCAAGGUUACACACAACCUAAGGAUGACAUGUUUGUGACAUCAGAUGCUGAAACAAUCACUGUUUCACCAGGAAAGUUUGGGUUAAUCACAUCAACUUGUGCUGACUCACCUUGCUUUCCGGGUGUUUCCUGCAUGCCAACCACAGACGGUCACUUCCUAUGUGGACGCUGCCCCUCAGGGUAUUAUGGAGAUGGUAUCAGUUGCAGAGCCAUUUGUAAACGUCCAUGUGGCAAAAAUAGGGCGUGUGUUGCACCAAACACAUGCAAAUGCAAGCCAGGUUACACUGGUUCUAACUGCCAAACUGCUAUCUGUGAGCCAGCUUGCAGAAACCUUGGAAAAUGUGUUAAGCCUAACGUUUGUGAAUGUCUUCCAGGACAUGGUGGAACAACCUGUGAUAAAGAACUUUGCAGCCCGCCUUGUCAACAUGGUGGCACGUGCUUGCCCGGCAACCUCUGCACUUGUGCUUACGGCUUUGUAGGACCAAGGUGUGAGACAAUGGUUUGUAAUAGACACUGUGAAAAUGGAGGUGAAUGUUUUGCACCAGAUGUUUGCCAGUGCAAGCCUGGUUGGGAUGGACCCACCUGUAAUACAGCUGUGUGUGAUCCCAUUUGCCUCAAUGGUGGUUCCUGUUACAAGCCAAACACAUGCCUCUGUCCAAAUGGAUUUUUUGGUGCACAGUGUCAGAACGCUAUCUGUCACCCUCCCUGUAAGAAUGGUGGCCACUGCAUGAGGAACAACGUCUGCAUCUGUCGUGAAGGAUACACGGGGAGGAGAUGCCAAAAAAGUAUCUGUGAUCCUAUGUGCAUGAAUGGAGGAAAAUGUGUGGGAUCAAACGUUUGCUCCUGCCCUUCUGGUUGGAGCGGGAGAUGGUGCAGCACACCCGUCUGCAUUCAGCAGUGUAGACACGGUGGUGAGUGUGUGGCUCCCGGGGUAUGCCACUGUCCCCCGGCCUGGGAAGGAGCGCGCUGUCAAAUCCCAGUUUGUGAUCAGCAGUGUCUUCAUGGAGGAAGAUGUGCAUUUCCCAAUGUAUGUUUUUGCCGCCCUGGAUAUUCUGGCAUCAAAUGUGAAAAGAAAAUACAGAUAAAAUAUCCCUGAGUAACAAAUAUCAAGUAUGUGGAUUACAGUUCUAUGUCACAAGAUCUAAAAAUUUUUAAUUCAGAAAAUAUUGAAGAUAAUUCUUGAAGUCUAUUUGAGCAUCACUUUUAAAAAAUUUUGAAGAUGGAAAAAACCAAUAAAAUAUCAAAUGAUCUCAGUUGUUUGUCAUCAUUAGAAAACAGCAAAAGGACUCUAUGUAAUCUACAUUUGACUUUACAAUGUGAUUUUAUGUUUACAUGUAUCUGAUAUUCCAACAUUCACAAUAAUUAAUAAACUGAAUAUUUUUUCAGU